UGCGACCAACCAAUUUCGCUGUAGCGAUUAAAUAUAAAAAAAAAAUCUAAAUGCGAUUUGUCUGCUUUUUUAAUCAAUUCAACCAUUUAUUAGUAAACACAACUGCCCGAGAGCUAAACAGACGCAGCAUGGCCUGUAGCAGAUAUGAAUAUGUGAAAAAAUAUGAGCAGGACGACACCAUUUUGCCCAACGUGUGGAUUGUUAUUCGAAUUGAUGGCAAAAAAUUUCACAAAUUUUCCAAGACGCACAACUUUGAGAAGCCAAACGACGAGAAUGCUCUCAAUGUAAUGAACGCGGCUGCCACGGCUGUGAUGCAGGAGUUCCGGGACGUUGUCCUCGCCUUCGGCCAGAGCGACGAAUAUUCGUUCGUCUUUCGCAAGGAUACGGCGGCAUUCAAGCGACGCUCGGCGAAACUACUCACCUACGUCACCAGUCUAUUCUCCACGAGCUAUGUGAUGCAGUGGACCAAGUGGAUGAGCGUGCCCCUGGCCUAUGCCCCUUGCUUUGACGGGCGCGUGGUGCUCUAUCCAUCGAAUGAGAAUCUAAGAGAUUAUCUAAGCUGGCGACAGGCCGAUGUCCAUGUGAAUAAUCUGUACAAUACAGCGUUUUGGAAGCUGGUUCUCGAGUCGGGAUUCAGCAAUCAAAAGGCCGAGGAAAGACUUCGUGGCACCUUAUCGGCGGAUAAAAAUGAAUUGCUAUUUCAAGAGUUUGGCUUAAACUACAACAAUCUGCCAGCCAUGUACAGAAAGGGCACGAUACUGCUAAGGAAGCGUGUGAUAAGCAGUGGAGAUAAUGACGAAAAGGGCAGACAGGCUAUCGUACAGCUCCACGAAGAUCUAAUAUCAUCGCACUUCUGGAAAAGUCACACAGAAAUCUUGGGCAAGUAUGUGCCAGGCACUUAUAAAGCUUCUGAAGCCUUGCCCAGACUAGUGAAAUUGCAAUUAAGCACCAAACAGGAGCAGAAACAAGAGAAGCAGGAGGAACAGAAGAAUCCAGAGAAUCUGGCCGGGACUAGCUGAUGAUUCAACUUAUGGCAAUAUAUAUUAUUAGAUUAAAAUUACAAUAAGCACACGCU